UUUUCUUCUCCUUCUUUACUUCCCUCCUAGCUUCCUCACUUGUCCUUUACCCAUGAAGGUCCGAUUUCACCAUCAUGGCUCGCCCCGAUAUGAUGUACUAUCCAUCAGUUCCGGUCGGGUGACGAGAAUUUUCCAGAGUCAUAUCUCUUCCUCUGCCUCCGCAUCCUCCUCGCAAUUGUCUUCACCUUCUCCAUCUCCUCCUCCUCCUCCUCCUCCUUCGCCGCCGCCGCCGCCAAAAUCACGUCGAUGGGUGCAGCUGGCCCUCGUCACUGCUGCUGCUGCCGGGAUUGGUGCAUGGAUUAGAUCAGAGCAGGGAUCCCGGUCAUCGACCUUGUCUCCAGCACAAUUCACCCCGUACUAUCUAGUAUCGCGAGAACCCGUCUCACCGUCCGGGAGCAUUUUCACUCUACAGCCACCGAAGGUGGAUGGAAGUAAUCAAGUCGUCUACGAGGAAGCAUGGAUGACGGGAAUCUGGAGCGUGAUGUUUAAACAACCCCAACUGCAGAUUGGAAGAGAUUAUACCCCCCUCCCUUCCACUUCGCCAGACGAGGCCGAGGACGAGUGCUUGCGAUUUUUUAUCCGGCGAGACCCUCACGGCGAAGUCUCGCGCUAUCUUCACGGCCUCGACAUUGGUUCCCCUAUUGAGGUGCGCGGUCCGAGGAUCGAAUGCGGGAUCCCACAGAGCACACAACACAUACUCUUCAUUGCUGGUGGAACUGGAAUCGCUCCAGCGUUGCAAGCUGCACAUAUCCUUCUUCGUCGCACAGACGAGACUCGUAAACCUAGAAUUCAUAUCCUUUGGGCUAAUCGGAAACGAGACGACUGUGCUGGAGGGAUCAGUGACAGAUCAGUGCCCCCAGCUUCGCACAGAUCGUGGUUUUCCGGUCGUACAACUCUGCAAGCAGCUAGUCCAGCUCUAACUACACCGUCACAUGAACAGGGUCGCUCACUUGUUGUACGCGAGCUGGAGGCUCUCCGAGCACAAUAUCCUAGACAGUUGACUGUGGAUUAUUUUAUCGACGAAGAAGGCAGUACCAUUGGCAAGCAGGCGAUCCUGGACUUUACUAAUUCCGUUCAAAAGUCGUCACGCAAAGCAGGUCAAGACAGCCUGAUACUUGUGUCUGGACCGGAAGGCUUCAUUAGUUAUAUUGCAGGACCUAAGCUGUGGGCCGAGGGAACGGAAUUGCAGGGUCCACUGCGAGGGAUCAUCAAAGAACUAGAGUUGAAGGACUGGGCUGUAUGGAAGCUGUGAAAGCUUUUGGCUAUCCUAUACGAUAGGUAGAUUGUAUGAUCAGGAUCAGUAGAUAACGAGCAUACUCAUAUGUACUUGGGGGUCUCCGUCGG